GUCUAAUCUUUGAAAACUUAAAAUGCAUGAAUGAGGUUCUCUGGGGAAAAAGUUGUUUGCCAAAGAAAUUUUAGGGUUUGAUAGGGAUAAAUUAUACUAUAAAAAAUGGGAGAAGAGAAAGAAAUGUUAGACCCAAAUGUUGUUGGCCGUAGCGUGCCACAAUGUUGUCGGUGUAAUGAAUUGGAAGAGAGAUGCAAGAAAGCUGAAGUGAGGUGUGAGGAGUUGGGAUUUGAGCUUCAAAAGAAAAAGGAGCACUGUGAAGAACUUGGGGCUAAAGUUAUGGCACUGGAGGGAGAAAAGUUUGAAUUUGAAGAUAAGGUGAAAGUUUUGAGUAAAGGACUUGAAAGGCUGAAAGAAGUUAGUGGUGGAGAGAUAAAACCAAUUGUUGAUUUGGCAGAGGACAAUGACAAAGUUUUACAGUGUGAAAAGAUAAGAGCCGAGAGUGAGGUUGAGGUUUGGAAAGACAAGUACAAGAAAUUGGAAUCAUGGGCCUUACAAUUCGGGAUGGGAAGGGACGGCGAUGAAGAAAAUGGAAAGGAGCAAGAAAGUAAGCCAAUAAGUAAUGAAGGAAACUUGCAUCUUGAUACAAGCUUUGGCUUCUGGCAGAAUCUGGAGAAGGUUGCGGCUUUGGGGAACAAAAAAAUUGGAGAUAUUCAGUCAGUAGGUACACCUUCUGAUGGCAUAUUUCAUAGAAGUCAUAUCUUAGAUGUGCUACCAAGCAGGAAAACUAAACAGUUGACAUUUCAAACUGAAGAGUCUCACGGCAAAAAUAUGGCUCCGUCUACUCUAAUUGGUGCAAAAUCUGCUCCUACUAGUGUGAUUGAUAUCAUUGAUAGUGAUGAUGAACCUAAUAUUAUUCAGAACCCUGUACCAGAUAGGCAGGGUAGUGAAAGCAUUUCAGUUUCAGCGUGCUUUGCAGCAGAUGGGAAGGAGUCUAACAACAGUAGUGCCCAAAACAAUCAGGAUAGUUUGGAUUUGGAUGAAAAUCUCUUAUUUGUUGCAACUCCUAAGAGAAAACGAACUUGUAAUGUUGUUACAAGCGAGUCUGAAAGUGAUGAUGAUAAUAUUCUGAUUUGUAAGCUUAAAAGGAAGCAUAUUCAGGAACCAAGUUCUGAUCAAGUUAGACCUGACUUGAGUAGUUCACCUCCUGCUAAUAUUUCAGAGGAUAACAAGGUCACAGACAGUGUAAUGACUAGGCGCCGUCUAUGGCCUCUGAGAAAAUGUGCAAGAAAAAGUCAGGAUGAUAAAAUAUCUUCAUGUAGGCCUCGUAAGGCCAAGAAUCAGCAAAGUAUUCCAACUAAUGACGAUGCUGAUGAUGAAUCAGAAGAGGAUUUGUCAUACAGUGAGGGAGAAAAUAUGAGUGAUUUUAUUGUUGAUGAUUCUGAUGUAUCUAAUUGUGAAGACACAUCUAGCACGUCACAGGACGUAGCUAAUUCUGAUGUGGCGGACUCUGAUUCUGCUAACUCACAAGAUGUACAAGAUAGUAACAUGGAAUCAUAUUCACAGGAUGUAUCAGAUGAAGAUAUGGACUUUGGUAAUAUAUUAUCAAAAAUUCAGAGGAGCAAAACCAACAUGAAAUGGGAAUUCGAGGCUGACAUGCUUGCAGCAUUUGGAAAGGAUCCAGAAUUGUGUAUGAAGGCUGUCUGUGCUCUUUAUCGACAGCAAACUUCUGAGGAACAGAUGAGCAAGGGAGCAUUGCUCUCCAACCAGCGUGGAUUCAAUAAGUUUGAUGCUUACAAGGGCAGUAUUUUGGCCGAGUUCCUCACUGAUGGAGAUCCUUAUGGUGGUUUAAAGAAGUCUGUGAAGGAGUUGCAAGAAAAUGACCCAGAAGCAGUUGAACUGUGCAGAUCACUAGCAACUCACUACUCUAAGCAACUAUAUGAGAUUUACAAGAACAAAGAGGAUCCUCUUUUCCCUGGCUAGAGCAACAACUGACUCCUUUUUAAUAUGUAAGAUAUGGAAAGAUGUAAAUUAUUUGAACAAAACAUUAGCAAUUUUUUUUUCCUAGGGUGCGUUUUGUGCUUAGUUUUAGAAUAUGUAUAUAUACUCGGUGGCCAUGAAAUAUGAAUAUGUGUGCUAACAUUCGAAAGCGUUUCCAUCUUUUUUAUAAUAAAGGUAUGCAUGAAUGUCA